AUGUCCCGAAGCAAUCAUGCCGACUUCCAGUUCAUACCCUCGUCACACCCAGGGACUGCGCCCUCCCGCGAAUCACAGCGCCGAGCCAACGCACACGCCGCCCGUGUAGCCCAUGGGAGGGUAAGACGGUUUCGUGUGAUUGAAUAUCAGGCUUCAGAGAAUAGCAGACGGCCAAAUGAGAAAACAGCCUCUUCUGGGUCGAGACCUAAAAGCUCAAGGCCCAAGAGGUCUAAUGGGGCAGCGGCUAUUGCAUCUCCUUUGCCGAUUGCUGAGGCUGGUGACUUUGUUUUGGCGAAUCCCGUUACCACACUAGCGUCAGCACGUAAAGAAUCGUUUGCCUACUUUGCAAGGUCGUUCAACCAGAUCGAGUCUUAUCUCAUUGAUUAUUAUGUACAGGUCGUGGUACCAUAUCAGAGCAUAUUUUGCAACCGUUUAUGGGACAAAGCGGAGUAUAGAGAACUCAUGAGAGGAGAUUGGAUGAAGCUUGUCCUCGCUCGAGGCUAUUCGUUGGACGCUCUGCUUCUUAUUGCAUGCCGCCACUUGGCCGCGAACAAGUCACUGGACCCUGAUGGACACCAACGCUACAUGGAACUAGCUGUUAAAUAUAAGCUUUCAUGUGUGAAGGGCCUGAAUGAAACUAUAUCCGACGAGGUCGUUAGCAUAAUAAGCGAUGCGACAGUUGCGACAGUUGUAAUGCUGGCUUGUGAUGAGUUUUGGAUUAAAGAGCCCUCUACAGCCAGGAGACACUUGGAUGGUGCAUUGCAGAUGGUCAAUCACAACGGUGGGCCACAAACACUUGGGUUAAAUGGUUUUCUGGAGCAUGUACUGUACAAAUUUUGGGGGGAUGUUCAGCAUGGUAAUCAGGUCUUGCAUUAA